AUGUCCAGCCCAGACGAGACGCCAAUCAUCGAGGAGCAACGCCGUCUCUCACAAAAUGGGGUCCUGAACGCUAGGUUCAUUCACCUCCAGACAGCGCAACACGUGCCGUCGGAACCGUCACCGCUGCAACAAACACUGCAGCUUCUACAACAGCAAUUGGCCCAACAGCAGCAGCAAAUGGCACAGCAGCAGCAGUUACUAUCUCAGCUCGUGCAACAGCAACAGCAGCAGCCACCGACCCAUGAUCAACAACAAGUGGCAAAACCGAGCAAUCCAGAAUUAAUACUGGAAGCCCUUGCAGGCAACAUAAGCGAGUUCCGGUAUGAUCCAGAAGCAGGAGUAACGUUCGAAUCGUGGUACACACGGUACAAAGACCUGUUCAGGGAGGAUGCUUCCCGUUUGGAUGACGCUGCCAAGGUUCGGCUCCUGGGACGAAAGCUCGGAACCGCCGAACACGCCCGUUUUAGCAAUUUCAUUUUGCCGCGUGCACCGCGUGACCUGUGCUUCAACGAAAUGGUGGAAAAGCUUACCGUCCUGUUCGGCAAAAUGGAGUCAGUGCUCAGCAAGCGGUUCAAGUGCUUCAAUAUUACAAAAACGCGCACCGAGGAUCUGUUGGCAUUUGCUUGCCGAGUAAAUAAAGCGUGCGUCGAUGCGGAAUUUUCUUCGAUGACGGAGGAAGAUUUCAAGUGUCUCAUUCUCGUAUGUGGAUUAAAGGAUGAAAGCGUGCAGGACAUACGAAUGAAAUUGCUAACCGCCAUCGAGGACAGAAAGAACGCCACGCUGGAGCAGCUUGCAGCGGAUUGCCAACGAUUAACUCGUGUGAAGGCGGAUAGCGCAUUGAUCGUCACGGACUGA